AUGCCUCUCUGGCGCAUCUUCUCCCACCCUCAGACCUUCUCUAAAGAUCAACGUGUCGGUAUCGCCCAGAAGGUCACUGAGUUGUACGUUUCCCGUGGCCUGCCAGCGUUCUAUGUCAACGUAAUCUUCAUCGACAUCGACGAGAACGGGAUCUUCAUCGGUGGAGAGCCGAAGAAGAAUUUUGUCCGAGUUGUCAUCGAGCAGAUUGCCAGAACCAUGUCUUCGCCCGAUACCGACGAGGGCAAGAAAAGCAGAAGAAUGUGGAUGGACAUGAUCAACGACACACUGAAACCAUACAUUAUCGACCGUGUGGAGCUGGAUUGGGAACUGCAUAUCUCCGAGACCCCUCGUGAUCUCUGGCGUACAAAGGGCAUUGAUCCGCCUCCGGCACACUCUGAUGCCGAGAAAAUGUGGGUGGAGAAGAACAAGCCGGUACCGUACAUUUGA